AUGAGAUUUGAUUGUAAAAGAAAUGCAAAGAGCAAACACAUGCAUCGUAAGAGCACUAUCAAGAGGGUCUUCAAGGUCUUCUUUCUGUUCAUCCAAGGCAUGCUCCUGACCUCUGGGAUCGGAAUGCUGAUAGUAAGCACAACGGUGUAUAUCAAGUCGUACAAGCUUCUUGGAAUAACCAAGAGCAUACUGAUGCUUUUAUAUGCAUUUGGAAUGCUGAAGAUUCUGUCUGCUGUUUUUGGAUACAUGGCGUUGUCAUCGAAGAAGAGAGUACGGGUGUUUGCAUAUGUGUGUGUGACUCUUGUGCUAAUGAACAUUCAAGCAAUAGGAGUUGCCAAGAGUGUGGUUAUUUAUGAAAGGUCUGGGGAGUGGGGGAGCAAAAGAUGGGGGCUAAUGGACGAGAGCCAGCGAGGGCUCAUUCAGUCGAAGUUCAGGUGCUGUGGAUUUGGAGAUGCCGAUGAUAGAGCAGGGGAGGAAUGCCGUGAUGGAAUUGGAUGCAUGCACAUGAUACAGAGGGUUGCAAAGAAGAUAUCUGUGGUAGUGCAGAAGAUAAUAAUGUUUUCGUUUCUUUUUGAAUCUGUAGGAAUAGGAAUAUUGAGUAUGCUGAUGAUUCGGAGAUGA